AAGGUUUGGGUCACUCUCUCAGCAAGCACGCGAGGACAGGACAAGAAGCACAAUGAGUCGCCUGAUUGUUGUGUUGUCUGUGGUGAUGGUGGUGGUGGUGCUGAGCGAGCUGGUGACAGGCGCGCCCUCUGAUGCUUCACACCAGCAUGAUGCAAUGUAUGUGCCCCAGUUUGUCAUCGAUGGCUUGCCGUCCAGAUAUCCCACUACGGGUGCACUGACAAGUCACGGAGGAUCGCAGCCACUCAUAUACAGUGGAAACCAUUACGUUAAUAGGUAUAAUUGGCACAAUGGAUACAAUAACUACAACCCAUAUCAAACUUAUGGGCGCUACGGUAAUAGAUAUAAUUGGCAAGGUGGAUACGGUAACUACAACCCAUAUCAUACUUAUGGCCGCUAAGGUACAGGUAAGGUGUGAUGUGAAAACAGGACGAAAGGUUGUUGUGCGGAAGAUUGCGUUGAGGUACAGUGAUGUGGAAAGACCAAUGAAAAGAGGAGAAACGGAAAGACCUUUGGUUAAAACUAGGAAAGGAAUGACAAGAUGGAAAAUAGAGAGAAAGAAAAUGAGAAGGAUGAGUAAUAAAGAGAAUGGUUUGAAGAAUGAAGAAAAUAAGAAAUUGAGAGAGAGAGAGAGAGAGAGAGAGAGAGAGAGAGAGAGAGAGAGAGAGAGAGAGAGAGAGAGAGAGAGAGAAUGGGAUGAGGAAUGAAAAAAAAACAGGAAAAGGAAGAAAAUAGACUUGGUUGGAUUGAAAUGCAGUGAUGUGAAAGAAUGAGAAGAAUGAAAAGAAGAUAAGAAAGAAAGGUAAAAGAAAAAUUAUAAAAAAAAUGUAAAGAAACGGAAGGAAAUUAAAUGAAAAGAUAUGUAAGUAGAAAAAAAAA